AUGAAGAAGAUUGAAGCUGUUUUCCCACAAAUAAAAGAAGAAUUAGAUAAAUGGUCUAUGAAAGAUAUUUACAACAUGGAUGAAACAUGCUUGUUUCAUCGCAUGCAAGCUGAUAAUUCUCUUGCAACAAAGCAACUAGAGGGGCGAAAGCAGAGUAAAGAGAGGAUUACAAUUGCUAUUUGUUGCAAUGGUGAUGGCUCUGACAAACUACCGUUUUGGAUCAUCGAUAAAUUUUCUAAUCCAAGAUGUUUUAAAAAUAUUAAUCGUGAUAAUCUUAACUGCAAGUAUAGAGCAAAUUCAAAUGCACGGAUGACAUUUUUGUUAUUCAAUGAAUGGCUUCAAUGGUUUGAUAGACGUAUGGAUAGGGAUGUUUUGCAUCUUUUAGAUAAUUGCAUAGCUUAUGGAAAAAGGGAGAAUCAUCCCCCACUUUGUCGUACAAAGGUAAUGUUCUUACCACCAAAUACUACUUCCAAAAUCCAGCCAUGUGAUGCGGGUAUUAUUAGAAAUUUUAAAGGCUAUUAUCGUCAACAAUUUAACCGCCAAAUUUUGAAACGGAUAGAGGAGCAUGUUUUCGAACCAUCAAAGAUAAGUAUCCUUGAUGGAAUUAUAAAUGUUGUUGCGGCAUGGUUAAUUGAUGUCAAGCCACAAACAAUUGUCAAUUGUUUCAAGCAUUGUAAAAUUAGAACUACUGAUGUUAAUGAAUUUCAAGUUGCGAAAGAAAUUGAAGAGGAAAAUAAAGAAGUCAAGAAAAAUUUGGGGGAACAGAUUCAAGAACUUUACUAUACUAAUGCAAUGGAUAUUAAUGACUUCCUUAAUCAUCCAAGUGAGCAACAGGUCACAUAUACUUUAAAUGAGGAAGAAAUAAUUACUGCAAUUAGACAAGAAGUGCAAUUAGAAGAUGACUUGGAGGAUGAUAGCACAGAAUUAGAAAAAAUUUCUUGUCAAGAAGCUUUCAAUAUGUUGGAAAAGUUAGAAAUAUUUUGGAUUCAACAAGAAGGUGCUCAUAUUAGUGAAUUAUUAGAUACCCGCAAUUACAAUUGA